AUGGCGGUGCCCCCGAAAGGGAGGGGCAUAGACCCUGCCCGGACAAACUCUGACACAUUCCCUCCUUCAGGGGCGCGAUGGAUGGAGCCCAGUCCUGAGAGGCCUGCAUGCAGUCGGCAAGAGCCGACCCUGGGAAUGGACGCGAUGACCUCGGAACACAGGGAUGUCCUCGUGCUGCUGCCCAGCCGGGAGCAACUGCGGCUGGCCGUGGGGGUGAAGGCCACUGGCCGCGAGCUUUUCCAGCAAGUGUGCAACGUGGUGAGCAUCAGAGACGCCCAGUUAUUUGGCCUCUGUGUGGUCAGAAACAAUGAGUAUAUAUUUAUGGAUUUGGAGCAAAAGCUCAGCAAGUACUUCUCAAAAGAUUGGAAGAAAGAAAUAAAUGAAGGAAAUGAGAAACCCAGAGCCCCCUUCGUGGCCUUCCUCCGAGUGCAGCACUACGUGGAAAACGGAAGGGUCAUAAGCGACCACAGAGCACGGCACCUGUACUACUGCCAUUUGAAGGAGCGCGUGCUGAGGUCACAGUGCGCCCACCAGGAGGAGGCCUACUUCCUGCUGGCCGCCUGUGCGCUGCAGGCCGACCUGGGUGAGCACCGGGAGCCAGCCCAUGCCGGGAGGUACUUCGAGCCACACUCCUACUUUCCACAGUGGAUCAUCACCAAGAGGGGGAUUGACUACAUCCUCCGGCACGUGCCCGCCCUGCACCGUGAGCGCCAGGGCCUAAGCCCCAAGGAGGCCGUGCUGUGCUUCAUCCAGGAGGCCUGCCGGCUGGAGGACGUACCCGUGCACUUCUUCAGGCUGCACAAGGAUAAGAAGGAAGGUCGCCCCACCGUGAUCCUGGGACUGGCCCUCAGGGGAGUGCACAUCUACCAGGGGAAGAAGCUGGAGAUCCAGCUGGACGGGCUGCCUGCAGCACAGAAGCUGGUUUACUACACGGGCUGCACCUGGCGCUCCAGGCACCUGCUGCACCUGCUGCGCGCCAGCCACCAGCUCCACCUCCGUGUGCGGCCCACUCUGCAACAGCUGCGGCAGCGGGAGGAGGCAGAAGAGAAGCAGCGCUACCGGGAGUCCUAUAUCAGCGAUGGGCUGGAGCUGGACCUGGCCAGCAGGAGCUCCCCGGGCAGUGGGGUCAGCAGCCAGCACUGCCCCCACUGCCUCUCACGCCACUCCGCCGACAGCCACAGCAGUUCCUACACGUCAGGCAUCAAGGCCGACUCCUGGCUCAGGGAAUCCAGAGAGAUGUCUGUGGACGUGCCCUUGGAGGUCCACGGGCUCCAUGAGAAGGAGCCGUCCUCCAGCCCCAGGACCAGCCGCAGCCACCCCAGCACACAUGGUGACAGCCAAGCCGCUCGCCAGGAGCCCUGUGCCAAGGUCAGGACCAGAGGCCAGAGUGCCGAGGCCAUGCACCAGAUCCAGGAAACGAAAGCCGGGGUCAGUGAGGAGCAGCACAGCCGCAGCCUGGACGACAUGCGUCUGCACCAGCUGGCCCUGCACCCAGCACCCGCCUCGCUCAGCCAUACCUUCCACUGCGCCCUGGACUGCAGGCUGGCGGGCCCCUGCGAGACCAGGGCCACUCUCCCCAGCAAGAGGUCCAGCAACUGCCUCGCCCUGGACCUGUUCGGAGAGGCCCCACCACAGGAGUUUGUGGUGUAGGCACCACCCACCCAGCAGUGCCGUCUGCACCGCCAGGCUCAGCCCCUGUCCACUCCACUGCCACGUGGUCCUCGGCCCUUCCUGCCCGCCAGAUGCUGCCCGCACCUCUGCAGCCAGCACACGUCACAGGUUCACCUGUAAGAGGUGUGGAGCUGGCUCUGACAUCAACCUGGGAGGUGACAAACAGGUCCUGCACCUCAUGCCUGUCUGCGGUGCACCCGGGAGCUCCUUCCCUCAGGGUCUCCAGGGAGCAGGUUCAAGGUCUGGCUGUCGAGUGUCCAGAGAGCCUUGGUGUUGGCCCCUGAGGCAGCCUGUCACCCAUCCUAAUCUGGGAGAGAAGGUGACAUAGCUGGGCCCAGACCCUGGAGAGAGAGCUCUGUAGUUUCGCACACUGCCAGCUCCCCGAGAGACUGUCCCAAUGGGCACAGGCUGCCAGAGCUCCCGAGCCAGAGUUCAUGGUCGUCAUCACUGUGCAGGUCCCAGGCUCCUCCUAGACCUGAACCCCUCUCUGCAACUCCUGUUUGCAAGCACUGGCCCUGCCAGACAGAGGCCCCUCUUGCGGUGCAAGCCCAGCUCUGUCACCUGAGAUCCAGCCAGAGACCCUCCUCCACCAUCCACAGUCAAUGGCUGUGCUUUCCCUUCCAAGCCAGGGCUUCCAAAGACCCCACUGCCCCGGAGCUGAAGCCAACUCUGCUCCCAUCUCAGCCAUGAGGUGUCAGGACCUGCUCUGCUCACAGGUGGCUUCCUUAAGCCAUUGCCCUGGCUGGGGUGGGGCUGGUGCAGCCCAGCUGGUAGAGGGGCGAGGCUUCGGUGACAGAUGGAGAGUGGGGUACUGGCUGUGCGUGGCACCUGCUCUGAUCCGGUGGGCUCCACGGGUAAUGCAACCUUGGUUCCGUGGGCUCUGGAAGGCCACCAGGGUAGGGUCUCCCCAGGGCUCCUCGCCCUGCACAACACCCUGCACACGUGCAAACCUGCUGUCCUCUGCGUUUAGAGGAACGGCCCCUGCAUCCCUGCUAGUCUUAGGCCCAUCCCAGAGCACUGAUAGGCCACAGUGGUUCAGCCCUAUGCCCUGAACACCACUGCCCCCUUCACUGGCUGUGUGUGGUGAAGACCAGGCCACACCACCCUCCAGCUCACUGGAGACAAGCAUGAGCUUGAGCCCCAUGGCCUGGUGUAGGCCUGCGUGCAUUGAGGCCGCCUCUUUGACGGGUCCAUCCAGGGGGACCCUCUCCUUUCUGUGAAAGGGAAUCAUGUGUGUGCCCCAGGCACGUGUAAUAAAGAACCCGAGCAGAUGCCUCCUGCUUGAACCAGGACCAGCCUGCCUGGGGGGCUGGUGAGACGCCGGCUGUAACUCACUCAGGGGCAUCAGCCACGGAAGGCUGCAUUCUGUAGAUGGCCACGAGCCCCAGUGCUGCCGAGGACAAGACCGCCCACAAUUCCUGUCAAACAGGAGAGGGGCGCCUAGUGCUGGCUCAGAUGUGAGCAUGUGGGCACUUCCCAAAGCCAUUCCCAUUAGUACAAGAUGAUUGAUUUGUCCCGGUCCGGGGCAAUGACUGUCUUCUUCCUUUGAAGAAACUUGAAAGCAAGAGCCCAGUCCUGUGGACCGUGAGGGAAGGCACACCCCAGUGUUGGGGAGAUACAGCAGGCGGUGUCCACCAUGAAGCAGGGUCUGAGCCAAGACCUACACACACACAUGCACACAUGCACACAUCCACACAUGCACACACACGCACACAUCCACAUGCAUGCACACACAUACAUGCACACACACGCACACAUCCACAUGUGCACACACGCACACAUCCACACGUGCACACUCCCCAUGUCCAGGCUUCCCCUGCCAGUCACCUUCGCCACACGCUAUAGACCCCAGGGACAGCAAAGGCCGGGCCAGCCCACCCCUAACUUGUGGAAACGUCACAAUGCAGCUGGCCCAGCGCCUUGUGUCCUGGCAGAGGCGAGGCAGCCAUGGCCCCUGGCUGACCCUAGAAACCGCUCUGGCCCCACUGGGGAUUCCUAUUUCUGUCCUUCCUCUGGGCCUUGUGGACAGACAUGGAGAAUUAUGCCAGAUGCCUGUUAACUACCGGGUAGGGCUGCUCUGAAGACUCUAAUCUCUGGUGUUCAGGGUACGUGGAGAGGACAAUUAGAGGCCCGCUGCCCUGAGACUUGCCCAAGAGGGGACGGCCGGGCAGGCCACAUGAAGCCCAUGUGGGCUACCAGCUCAGACACACCCAGCCAGGGCUGGGGCAGACUCCCCUGAGGCUUGAGCCUCAGCCUUGCUCACCGCCCCUCCCCACAGCCCCCUUCCACGUCACCCACACCUGGAGGGGCAGGAGCGGAGCUGGAAGCAGAAGGCCAGCCUGGGAGGGGGCUCCUUCCCAGACAGAAAGCAGCAGAGAGCGGGGCUGCGGGAAGUCGGGAAAGCCAACCUUUCCUUUUGCACAGAUUGAGAUCAGAGGUCUUUUAGGCAACACAGCUAUUUUCCAGGAAAAUGGACACCGACUGGUAGGCACAGGGAUGUUUCCUAAGAAGGAGGGUAGGGGGCAGGGCUGGGGGUGACCUGCAAAUGGACAAAGGCCUCUGUGUACAGGGGGGCUUGUAGCCUCCAGGUGGCAUGAGGCAGGCAGGUGGGGGGGGGGGGCACAGGGUAAAGUCCCCAAUCCCUGUCUUACCCUGUCAGUGGAGAGGAAAAGAAACCCACCUGUCCCAGUCCCUGUGGACCCCCGAGGAGCAGGCCAAGGACCUCCAGCAUCACAGCCUCGCAUGACCCCGUCUGGGGUGGCCGGUGCUGUGGCCGGGGUCAGGUCAGCAGUCAAGCUGGCAGGUCCAGACUCGCAAGAACCACCCAGAGGGCUUGUUCAGGCUGCAUUUCUCGGCCCCCCACUGCGUCUGCUUCUGUGGGUCUCGCUGGGCCCUGGAACCUGCAUUGCUGCCACGGGGGUCUGGGUCUGAGGGCGCAGCUCUGCCUGCUGGGUGGGGUGUGGGAGGUGGCAGACCCUGCUCCUGGGGGCAGUUGGUCUGGAGCAGUGACAGGGUGGCCCUGGGCAGGGUGGGGCUGGUUCCCUCUUGCCUGUGUUGAAACAUGGACCCCUCUGGGCCCCCAGCCAUCAGCCCAGACUCCCUCAUGAAAGACGGAGAAUUCCAGACAGAGCUCAUCCUUCCUCCAGGAAAGCCUGCUCCAUCUGCGGUAAUCGACAGCCUGAGAAGCUCUGCUCUUGGGCUGAACCCCAAGCAGGAGGAGGCCGGGGUCCUCAGGGGCCUGUCUGGGAGGCCCGGGGCAGCCGGCAACCGCCUCUGCGUCUGGGAUCUCACAGGAGAGGGGGCUCCCAAGCCGAGCAUCAGCCCAUGUGAUUGGGCAUUGUGGCCCAUGGACUCUGGGUUACCCAGGCAGCGGAAAUGUGCCACAACCACAGGAAGGCUGAGCUCUGCGGCCCUGCGAGUGCGUUCACAAAGUUUUAUCAGUUCGUAAAACUUGCAGAAAACUCAGCCGUCCGUGUUUGGGACCAUCGGCCCCUUCCACUCAGGGUUCAUCCGUUACGCUCCUUUCGCCUUGAGGGGCACUGAGGGCCCUGUGGGUGUGUGGGGCCCGCGGAGGGGAGGCUGAACUGGACACGCACUUGGCUCGAUCUGCUGGGAGACGUUUCGGGGUUCCCAGUCAUGUCGUCUCUACCUGUAGGAGCAGCAGGGAGUGUCGGGACAGGAUGGCCAGGGCCAGCGGUCACCUGGUGAGGGGGACAUGUACUCCCAACCGGGAGGUGUGGGGACUGCAAGAGAAACAGAGCUGGCAGUGGGAGGCCGGAUGUGGUAGGCAAUGCCGGUCCUGCAGCCGGGCCCAUGACCAUUCUCAUGGCAGCGAGCUGUGAUGGGGAGGCUGCCCUCCAGGUGCCAAGGUUAGAAAACAAAUCCCGGGCAGCCCUGCCGGGAGAAAGCUGGUAUUCUACAAAGGCACGUGAAGAGGCGAACACGCAGUGGGGAAAAUGGCAUGAGUUAAUUGUUUAUUAAUCACAGGCAGCUCACCAAUAAAACUGUCACCGAA